AUGGCCGAGAUCUCGAGGCUUUCAAUCGCCCUGAAGGUGCCUGGUUCUCCGCAGCUACACCCAUUCCAACCAAAUUCAGUGGAAUACAGAUACAUCGCCUCCGCAGUCAAUAUCGGACUCUCAAUAUUAGAGCAGGACCGCAGCAUACUGGAUGAGACCCUGAACAAUCUCGAUAUUCUGGGACAUCAUCCUAGAAUGCACUGGAUCGGCCGCCUCGACCAAUUCCCCUUUCGGCGACAACGUUUCCAGCUCAAUGCGCAGAGAGUAAGGUCCAUGGUCGCUGCUGGAAACGGCACCUCUGAUGCAAAAAGGCAACGGUUCCGGAACUUCCAGUUCGCAUUUGCAACCGUUGUUGUCCACGAACUCGGCGGGCGCAUGUUGAUUACUUGGCUUAGCAAGGGUCGUCAGGGCAUUCCGGGGAUCAUAUCAGCCGCCAUAUAUGAUAACGGGGUGUCCAUGGAAGAGGCUGGCCCCUGUCUCGAGACGCGGCUCUUCGGCGGAACGACCAAAUUUUAUCGGGAUCCGAGACAGGAUGACGACCAGGCAAGCACCACAAACUGUCAGAUCACUCGGAGACCUUUUGAUUCUGUCUAACCACUUGUGUCCGCAGGCCGGUGUACCUUACCAGAUCGACGAAAAUGGUUGGGGCUGGAGAAUUAACCCACAUGUUAUCAACCGCGUCUGCAACUACGGUACGUAUUUCUCGGGUUAUCCGUAACACCUGGCCUGGUGGUCCCUUGAGAGUUGAACGAAUUUGCUGACAUCGGCACCGCUGUUAGAAUUCACUUUCCCGUUUGCAAGGACCGGAGACGUGGUAGAUCCGCGUGAAAUGCAGAGCAUGGCUCGCUG